AUGUGUUUCUCAUGUCAUGUCAACCUAGCUCGUUUUGCAGUUGAGAAGUAUGGUGGAUCUGCAAACACCGCUCUCUCCUCUUCAGAUACAGUUGUGUCAAGCCUACUCGCACAGGCUAUGGUUAACGUGGCAAAAUGGGUUUGGUUGCGAGGCUUUUUUCCAGUGGGGGCCAGGACAGAGGGAGACGAAGAGGUGGGCGACCUUGAGUUUGCGGCGGUGGCGGUGCGACGACAGAGAAGGUGGACAUCGUCAAAUCCCUUCUUCCACCUCAAGUUCGCGCAGCGGCAAAGGAGGUGGGCGUCGUCGAAUCCCUUUUUCCCCCUCGAGUUCGCAGCGGCGGCAAAGGAGGUGGGCGGCGUCAAAUCCCUUCUUCCUCCUCGAGUUCCGGCAACAACU